UGAGUCUGGGGAUUGUUGCGUCUGGCAACCGAGCUCAGACCUCCGUCGGGCUGGGCUCAGCUUUCCCGCUGGUCUCCCCGAAAGUGACAGAGGCUUUCGUAUCGCGCAAGCCCCCUCCUGGUCGCCCCGAGAGUCCCCUUUUUCUGGUGCCUCGUAGGGAUGCUUUUGGUGAUCCUCGUGCUCCUGCUGCCCUCCGUCUCAGAUGCCUGUGGUGAUCCACCAAGGUUUGAAACUAUGAGGCUCCGGGGUGCGCCUAAACCCAGAUAUCGUCCUGGGGAACGUGUACAAUAUGACUGUCGCCUAGGUUUCAAGCCCAUAAUUCCUCUUCGUCCCAGAUCUGCUGUUUGUGAGGAUGACAAUACAUGGUCAGCUCUCGAGGAAGCCUGUACAAGAAAAUCAUGCCCUAAUCUGGGGGAUCCAGUGAACGGUCAAGUUUACUUCGUCAAUGGAAGUAUUCUGUUUGGUUCACAGGCUCACUUUGUUUGUAAUCAGGGUUUUUAUCUGAUUGGAGCAAGAAUUCUAUAUUGUGAAAUUUCUGAAAAUAAUGUGCACUGGAAUGAUGAUUCCCCAAUAUGUGAAAAGAUUUUGUGUUCCACACCUGGAAAUAUAAAAAAUGGAAGAUUUACCGUUUACAAGGAUGAAUAUCAGUACAAUGAGGUAGUAACUUAUAUGUGUGAUCCUUCAAAUGGACCAGAUGAAUAUUCUCUUGUUGGAGAGAGUAGGCUUAUUUGUGUUGAUUAUGACAGAUGGAGCAGUGAUCCUCCGGAGUGUAAAGUGGUCAAAUGUGACUAUCCAGUUGUUGAACAUGGAAUGAUAUUAUCAGGAUUUAGAAGAAAAUUUUACUACAAAGCGCAAGUUGUAUUUAAAUGUAACCAGGGUUUUUCCCUUCAUGGCAGCAGCACAAUUGUCUGUAACGCAAACAGUGUUUGGGAGCCCAAGUUACCAACGUGUACUAAAGCGCCAAUUGCUGCUACUACUGAGCCUUCACCUACCCAUGCUUCAGUGUUUGGUUUUGAUGAAACCCAGCAUGUCUGGGCUUUUGGCGUCACAUCCGAGAAAUCACUGCAGACCCCACAUCCUGAAGCUGUCCUCCAUGUUCUCUAA